GUUCAUAAUUUACACGUGAAGUCCUCAAGCGAGUCUAGCUGCGAUAUUUCUGACUUUGUGGGUAACUUUUUAGUGAUCGAUCGGUAGUUUGUUUGGGAAAGAAUUGUCAUCGUGAGGCGUGAGAUUAAACUGGACGAGGCAGCAAAUUAGCAGAGUGAUGUCUCGACCAAAACGACCCGUUAACGGCCGAAUUUCGGUUCAUACGUACGAUAUUGUGGACGAGUUAUUGGAGGACAAUGGUAAACAUGAACUCUCCAAGCAUAAUCACAGACGAGCGGUUUCGGCGUCGUCAGUCGAAAGACCAAAACCUUUUGGAUCGUACUCGGAAGUAAGAGCUUCUAGUGCCAAGUCAGCCUGUCCUUCAGACCACACUUUCAGAAUUCAAAGCUGGUUGAAUGAAAAAUCCGUUCGAAAUAUUCAGGAAAGGACCGACUUUGAGUCACGAGCCACUAAAAAGAUGUACACGACGCUCCUUGAUAAUGAGAACACUUUUGUAAAGGAUGUUGACAGCUUUAUUGACCAGAAAGAGGCUCUUGACAGAAGAAAGAAAGAAAUGCUUUUCAAGAAAUGGAGUGAGCAAGUAUACAGUCCUGUCAGGGAAAAAAUAGACGAAGAAAUGAAUGGCCCAAACUACAGACACUUGGAUAGAAGGAAAAGGACUAUUUACAAGAAAUACCUAGAUUAUAGUAACAAGAAGGGUGUAGUAUUCCUAGAUGUGAUGUCUCCUGAGGAAUAUGAUCCACUAGUUCUUAAUGCUAACCGGCCUGCACCCUUAAAGGCAAUAACACAGAAACUAGAUGAUCCAUUAUUAUCUCAAGGAACUACAAGAUUGGAGGAAGAUCGUACAAUGGUGAGGUGUAUCACAGGAGAUACAAUGAGUGACAAACAAAUCGAGGAAAUCCACCUCCCUCCAGCCCCAUUGGUGCCUCUGGGUCGACAUGGCACUGAGUGUAACACUUGGCUAAGAAUGCAAUUACAUGACAUUGACAGUGGUGUUAGGAAAAGAAGCAGGCUUCGUAUGAAAGGACUCUACAAUGACUCAGAUAUUGACUAUGAAGAGUGGAGAAAGCUGGAAAGGAAUCCUGACACUAUCGACGUUGAAUUAAGAUCACAGAAGAGACGACUGUUUAGAGAAAAACAUGCUACCACCCUUCAGUUUGACUGGCCUGAGCUGCCCUCCAUCAGUAAAAAUACCACAUACCAUCCACGCAUACCCAAUGUCUUGCCACUGGGCACUAGUUUUGAAUAUUAUCCAGAGCUUAGUGCAUCAUUUUGACAACAGUUAAAAAGAAAAUUUACAGAAGGGGAGAGGGUCUAUGGUUCUCAAAAAUGUUCAUGUGAAUUUAAAAUAUUUUAAACAAUUUUAAACUCCACAAUCUUUUCAUGGAAAAAUAUAAGACUUUUUAGAAGUAAAAGCAUUUUGUAAAGAAGUACAGUGAAGUCUAUUUUUAGAGGAUUUUUUCCAAGUUAUGAACACAGCAAAUCACAUUUAUAUUUAACA